AUGAUUCCAAUAAAACAUCAAAAUUUUAUAAAAGAAAUAAUUGAAUUAUUAAAAAAUGAUUCAAGAUUUGAAUGUUUACUAGGGGCAGGAUCAAUGAUUAAUGAUGAAAUGGAUGAACAUUCUGAUUUAGACUUAAUGUUAGUUGUUAAAAAAGAAGAAUUUUCAGAGAUUAUGCUAAAAAGAAAAGAAUUUGCAAUUAAAUUAAAUGGUUAUUUAUCUGGAUUUACAGGUGAACAUGUUGGAGAACCAAGACUUUUAAUUUGUUUAUAUGAAAGGGAUAAUGAAAAUAAUCAAAAUGAUUUAUUAUUACAUGUUGAUUUAAAAUUUAUAACAUUCGAUUCAAUGAUAAAAGAAUUAAUCGAAAUGCCAGUUGUAUUAUGGGAGAAUGGUGAUAAUAAUAAUAAUAAUAAUUCAUCAAUUAAAGAUUUAAUAAAAAAUUCAAAUGUAAAAUGGCCAAAUAAAGAACCACAAUGGUUUGAAGAUAGAAUUUGGAUUUGGAUUCAUUAUUGUUUAACAAAAAUUCAAAGAGGUGAAUUAUUCGAAGCUAUUGGUACGUUAUCAUGGAUUAGGGAUCAGGUUUUAGGUCCAAUGUCAAAUCGUAGAAUUGGAUUAAAUCAAAGAGGUGUUAGAAAAUUGGAAUUAAUUUCUGAACCAAUUUCAACAUUACUAAAAACAACAAUUCCUUCAAAUAUUGAUAAAUCUUCAUUAUAUGAAUCAUGUAAUAAUUGUAUUACAAUUUAUAUAAAUUUAAGAAAUGAUUAUCCUCCAAAUAAUAUUAUUAAAAAUAUGCCAUCAGUUUUAAAUAAAAUUUUAAAUAAUAUUUAA